AUGUUCUUACGUAAAUUACAAAAUUUGAUAUUAUUGAUAAUUCUAUUAUCUGUCAUCAAUACUUCCUCUCAUCCAUAUCCUGUACAAGAAGCAAAGUUUCAUCCGUAUCCCGUACAUAGAGUAGGGCUUAAUCCACGAGGAUAUGAUACUAUAUUUAAUUUAUGCAUUCAUUGGUACGAUUAUACCCAACAAGAGAAAUCGACUGUGUGUGACUUACCAUAUCAUAGCCCAUCAUCAGUUACAUCUCCGGAUUGGUCAAUAGGAUAUAAAUUAUCUAUACAUACAGAAUCUGGUACUUUUCAUGAAGGACCAUAUUUAUGGUGGGAUGGCUGGGUAGAAGGAUUUACGACAAUAAAUGUUUCUGGGAAUAAUAAAUCGGAUGAUUAUUUUUGGAGGAAUUCCACAGAAGCAGUU